GGACUCUAGUACCAGGCUGUAUAGCUCCUCGUGGGUAGUCAUUUUUAGAAGAUGUAAAUUUUGUAAUGGCUCGAAUAUCGCGAAGAAAUUUGCCGAAUUUGUUGCGCACCUGUGCUGGCUGUGCUUAGCGUUCAAUUACACAGAACUUCAGAAUUUGAUCGUCAUGACCCUUGUUUGAAGGCUAGUGCCAUAAAAAAAAAAGUAGAAGACGAACGCGAUGUUUUCGAGAUAUAUCUUUUUAUAAAAUGAUAUAUAUCUGUUUUAUUAAAUUGAGUAUUAUUUAAUAAAAUUGAAUGAUAUAUAAUGGAAACAGAAGAACUUUGUAGCGUAAAUAUUUCUCCGUUUGUGACGAGUCCGUUCGCGACACAAUGGUCAUCUGAUAAUCAGAUUUCUAUAAUUACGGACAAGGGCGUCCACGUGCUCGAGUUAGAACCUUCGCCUAUGUCGCCGAAUCCAGUCUUCAAGUUUGCUCGUUCUUUCAUAUAUCCUCCCGACAUUUUGGCAACAAGUACAUUUAUAGAUGAAGCAGACUCUUUGAUAUGGAAUCUGAUGCGUGAAGAGAUUUAUUCACUUCUCAUGGAUGAUAUAAUCAUGCCGAAAUUAGACGGAGUAAUUGAUAAGUUCCCUAGAAUAGUCAAGGCAAUGUGGUCUCCAAAAAAUUUGAUCUCCCCUAGUCAAUGCGUAUUAGCAAUAUUAAAUUCGGCAGGUGCGAUUGAAUUGCUGCAUAAAGUUUCCAACAAUUGGUACUCCAUAUGUGAUGUUUCAUCCCUUCGAUUAAAAAUUAUACAAAAUGAAAUAAAAAGUAAUCUUAAUAAAUGUAAUUUUUAUAAAAAAUCAAGUAAUCAAAGUGCAAAGUUAGCUGAGAACAUAAAGAAAUUGCAAGCUUGUUCUAUGACAUGGAGCAAACUUUUCAAAACAGAAGAAACUUCCUUUGCAUAUCUCUCCGUAGCUUAUCGUAGUGGCGAUAUAUUGAUUUGGAAGAUUCCCAGAAUAUCAAAUUUUAUAAAAAGCAUUGAACCUGUGUAUUUCGGUGUAAUAGAUUUAAACAGUACAUCAAAAAUUAAUGUAUUAUGUUGGAUUACUAUUAAUGCUAACGAACAUCUGAUGAUUGUUGGAUACCUUGACGGUAGAAUAUGUAGUGUAAAGUUAACAGAUAAGAAUAAUGAUUUGCAAAUAGUAUCGAUUGAAACAUAUAUUGAUUCUGAUCAUAUAGCAGUUAAUUAUUUAUACAUGAUUUCUCAAGAUGAAUCAAAUAUAAAGAUUCUUGCCAUUAAAGGUUCUUUUAUUUUGUUGCUAUCUAUAAAUUCGGCAGGAGAAUUGAAUAAUAUGCGACACAUACCUGUACAAGGGCUUAUUACAGGUAUAAGUCCUAUUAUUGCUGAGCAAUUCUUGGUCACCACGCAGAAUAGUCAUACUUUCAUCAUUGAUACACAAUCGAACGAUUUAGUUUAUAUUAAUAUUAAAAAUCAUUUACCACAGACACGUGUCCAAUAUUUCGGGCUUGCUCAUUCGCCAAAUAAAGUAAUAUUUGUAAAUAUAACCAGUCCAAAUACGGUAUAUGAUCAUUUAGUGACGAGAGAACCAAGUAUAGUGCAUAUGUUCACUUUAAGAGGUAUAUGCGAUCCAUUAUCUAUUAUUAAUAAUAGCGCAAAUCUCGGAAGCAUCUGGGAUUGUAUGGAAGUUCUUAGACUGAAAGCUGCCAAGGCGAAGGACCCGUGUACGGUACUUUGUCCAAUUCCGAAGAAGCUCGAGUCGCUGUCACUUUACAAACUGCAAGUAUCAAUGUGGAUGACAGUAAUAAUGAACGUGUGCACAACAAAGAAACCAAUGCCGAAUAUCGAUCACAUAAGAGAGUCUAAUAUAACGGCACUUCCGUUAAUUUUUGUACAUUCCGCUUGUACGUAUCUCGAAAAUUUGUUGGAGAAGAACAUACUGUCGGAGACUCAGAUAUUUACCGUGUUCUUGUUAAGAAAGUAUCUGGAAAUAUAUGAAGGUGUACCGUCGACUGAGGAUUCAAAGAACGAAAAAAUAAAUCAACGCAUUCGAGAUAUACUGAAUAAGACCACAUUCUAUUCGAAUCAAAUUGAGAAGUGCAAUCUAUGUAACGAAACGAUAGACGGAAUGUGGCACGUUAGAGAGUGUCCGCGAGGACACAAGUUACCUAGAUGUUGCAUGACAUUAUUGCAGAUAAUGCUGUUGGAAUAUCGUGUCUGUCCGAUAUGUGGCCAAAUCUUUCAUCCGUGUUUGGAAGACGUGUACGAGGAGCCGCAAUGUCAGUUCUGCGAUGUACCUGUUUUACGCAGCUCGUAUGAUUUUGAUGCAAAAAAUUCAAAAUUGUACGGGAGGAAUUUGUCACUACCGCGAAUUAGCGACAUUGCAGAAUUGUCGAAAGAUCCGGAAUCAGAAGAGCCAUCCGAUAAGCAAAGACCAAGUAAAUGGAAUACGUCACACACAUAUUCUGUAAUUGUGAACGAUGAUGAUGAGUCGGGUAAAAUUACGGAAAAAUGGGAGGAAUUUUAAUUGUUAUAUUAGACAUUAAAUUAAUAUCUAAUGCCUAUAUAUAAGAAUAUGUUUAUAUUUACGCGUGUAUUUAUUUUCAUCAUUGUAGAUAGUUUCUACAUAAUUACAUAUUAUGAAUUAGGAUUCUAAUUUUGGCGUGGAAAGAGAUAUAUUUUUGAACUAGGUAUAUUUAGAACUGUAUUGACGUAGGUUGUAGAGAAAUGAAAUAAUUAAAAGUUUUGUCAUUAA